AUGUCACCCCGCAACGAUGAGAUUCCAAGUACUAUCCAUGGACUUGUCGCAGACAGUGGAAUUGCAAUUCGGGCCAUGAACAGAGAGCAGAAUUCGGAUUUAGAUACGAAUUGCGGCAGAUUUGUCCUCCGCUACACCGCGGAAUUGACAAACGCAGAUAUCGCUGCUUUGUCUUCGGGAGUCAACGAUCUCAUUAUCCUAGCACAGAGAGAGGCGGGUCUCAAUCGAGAGAAUUUCCUAAACAGCAUAUUUUUCAACUGGAACACUUCAUACAAACAUAUUUCCCUCGGAAGUCCGCUGGAACUAAACGAGGGUUAA